AUGGCUCCUCCGUUGAGCAAAGAGAUCAUUACAGACAGUGAUAGUAGUGACCUGGAGUCCCCGUCCUCUCCUGAACCAGCACCACAAAAGACCAAGUCCUCCGUCCGAAAAUCCACCGAGAAGGCUAGGUCAAAAAAGCACAACGCGAAAGAAGCGAAGCGAAAACCUGUCCCAGAACCAAGCUCUUCAAGCUCAGACCCAGAGACUGAAAAUGAAAGUGCCAGUUCAUCAGAAGGAGAACCUAGCACUCCUAGGAUGGAUUCCGACGUACCGAAACCCGUACCUGCGCAGGAGUUCAAAGCACCGGAAGGAUUUAAGCUGAUGUCAACAAGUACGCCGCGGUCGUCCGAUGUUUCAAAAGUGUUCUCAGAUCUACGAGGGAAGCAGAUAUGGCACAUCACAGCCCCGGCCUCCGUGCCGAUGAACUCUAUACAAGAACUUGCACUUGAUGCUGUGGCUACUGGAGGGUCGAUAUUGACACAUCAAGGAGUCAAUUACAAGCUCCGGGAGGACCAGAUUGGGGCAGAAAAGUACAAGUCGCUUCUGCUCCCCGACGAAAAGGGCAACGCCUAUCACCGAAGCCACGCUAAUGUCAUGCAAACCUUUCAUUUGGAGCAGAUCGUUGACUUGGCAAACGGCGCUGCACACUCUGAACAAUCUGUUCGAAUCAGUGAACUAACGAAGCCCAAGCACGAACAGCCCAGACAUCUUAAAAUGCGAUAUAAACCAAUUGGCUCGACGGAGGACCAGCCGGAAACAUUUGGAUCUAGUUCGGACGAGUCAGAGGGGCACUCGUUCCGAAUGCCUCAAACACUUUCUCAGGACCAUGAAGGUAAAAAGAGGAGGAAGUCAUCGAUGGAGAUAGGAUCGGAUAAUGAACGGGGGGAACGACGCAAAAAACAUAAACGGAUACAUUCGAAUUCUGCCGAUGGUAACACAGAAAUACACUCGAGAAAUAGAGACGUGAAUCCGUCCUUAAAGUCUAAGACAUCUAAAAAUUCAGGAAUUACCCAGGGCAGGUCAGAAGAGCAACAUGUGGAGAAGAGUAGCAAAAAGCACAGGGAUGAGACUACUCAGGAGCGAAAGACACGGAAGGAAGAAACGAGGCGGAAAAAACUGGGGCUAUCGUCAUGA